UUUUUUUCUUGUUGAUGUUUUUCAAUUUGUUGAUUAUUAAUUUAAUUAUUUUUCUAAUUGUUGGCUUUGUAUUUAUUACGUUUGUGCAAUAUGGCGUUAACUCCGGACACUUAUACUGUUCCCAACAGUCUGAUGAGUGGUCACUUACCUUCAAUCUAUGAAGUAUUUGCUGAAGACAGUUUAUCGCGAUCACUUCGGACUGGAAUUAAAUAUUUAUCUCAAGUGUUGGCAUCUAAUUAUCCUGGUAGAUUCCGGUUACUUUAUCAAUAUUUUGAUGAAGCUUAUCUAUUAUAUGAUAUAAUAGUUGAAGGAUUACAUUUAAGAUCGUUUAAUGGUUCAUUCUCUGAAUAUUUUUACCAUUUGAAAAGGAUUAAAAGUGAUGCCAAUUGUAUUAGCGAAAAAUUAUCAACCCGAGAUGUUGUCACUUCUUUAUUGGUUAUGGCCUCAUUUUCCUAUGUUAAAGCAAAAUUGGACAAGAUUCAUGAUGAAUUGGCGAGAUUACACUUUGAAGGAGGAAUAACCCGAGAUGGAGAUCCAUUUGCUUACCAUUUUGUCAACAAUUAUCCAUAUAUUAAAGCUCUUUGGGAAGUCAGUUGUCUUGUCUAUCAAAUUAAAUAUGCAGUCGGUAAAAGUUCAACUCAUAAUCCAUUGUAUCACCUUCUUGGUCUUCGUUUAAUUAGAGCUGAUUCAAAGGAUCUUCAAGGUUGGAGAUCAAAUUUAUCAUCGUUUAUCUUACCUUUAACCAAAGGUAUUGGUAUAUUUUUAACAAGUUCAGCCAUGUUGAUACAAUUCCUUGAUUUCUGGUAUUCCCGGGAAAAUUCAAGAUCAACCUUUUCAAAUUUGAAAAUUCCACCAGCACCCAAGAAACGAGAUUUACUUAAUUGUCCACCUAAUUACUGUCCAGUUUGCUCGCAACCUCGUCGUAAUGAAGCCCUACUUAAAACCUCCGGAUUUCUCUUUUGUCAACAAUGUUUAAUUGAUUACGUUGAGAAGAAUGAAAAAUGUCCAAUUACUGGUUAUCCAACAAAUUUAUCACAAAUUGUAUUAAUUUAUCAAUCUGAUUCUUUUUAAUCAUUCUCAAUCAUCACAUCAUCUCAUCAAAUUCCAUUUCCAAUUUUUCAAAAGAAAAUUAUUUUCACAACAAUCAACAAAUUGUCCCAAUGAACAUGACAUCUAUUGGAGCGACACAAUUGCCACUGUAAAUUAAUCCUUCAUCCCAAAUCUCUGUGAUACAAUUAAUCAAUUUAUACCCACUCAUUGUUUACUGUGUUUAGCUUUUGAUGACAUUUAUUUAUAUUUGUUUCUUUUUGAUUGUUAUAAUGGUCGAUAAUUUUGCUCUUCUUGCUUUUCUUUGUUUGUCCAAUGGUCAAAAGAAAAAGUGACAAUCUAAUGUAAUGAGAGAAAUUGGAAUAAGCAAAGAACUAGGAAGGAAAAGAAGUGAAUUCCAUGAGAUAUUUUGUCUCUCUCUCUCUCUCACUCACUCCCAGUUUUGUAUUUAUAUUCUGAUUCCAAUUCUGGACUGAAUUAAGCAAACUCAAUGAAGAAAAUCAAUAAAGAGAAUGCGCUUUCAUGUA